ACUAUGCAUUUUUCCUAAACCAAGCAAAGAAAAUAUAACCUUUGUUCUUUCUUCUUCUUCUUUGCCCUCUUCAAAAAAAAAACGAGGCUGUGAUGAGAUCUCCGGUGAGUCCAGACCAAGAAUUCAGAGUGCGAAUCGAUUCUACGGUUGUUUGGCGGGGUGAUCUCCGUGGCACUUUUUGGGUGCACGAUUUCGCAGCCGAAUCAAGCCGUAGCAAUAACGAUUCCCUCUUGUCUUGCGUCGGGAAAUCGCCGGAUCUGAGCCCGUCGCCGUUCUCCCUUCUCUAUGAAUGGCUGCGAGGUCCAUGAUUUCUCCGACCUCCGCUGCCAUUCCUCCUCCUCCCUUCCACACUACUCCUUCCCCAGCUGCUGCUGCUCUGCUUCUUCGUUUCUUUUCCCGGGGAACUUGGUUUGUGUUGAUUAACUAAUUAUCUGCUUCUCCUUCUUCCUCUUGCUCUUUGAAGUGGGGCUGUGAUGAUAUCUACUGAGAAUCUGUUCAGGCAACCCUUGAGGUCGGCUUCCCACGGCAGGUCCGGCAAGGCGAUGUAGUGGUAGUGUUUAGCUGCUUGAUUUCGCAGUCGGACGGCCGUUGGUCUCCGUGCCUCUUUGUCGACGAAAUUCCGGAUCUGAGCUACUCUUUUGUUUGAUUUUCUGGGUCUGAGCAUAGAUUGUUAUUAAAAGAAUUAAUAAGAGACUGAGAGAUGAAAAUUAAGCAACUGGAGAGGAUCAUCAAACUGUACGUCGGACUUGUGACAUAUUUUCUUGCUACUAAUCAAAAUAUGCGUCAACACUAAACAAUGAAUGAAAUACAGGCGAGCCCUCCAUCCUGAUGUUGACCAUUUCUUGUUUCUACUGCAUUUGCAGAUCAGAGCCAGUGCAAAGAUUGAUUCUUUUUUACACUGUUCAAAUACUUCUUUAUUUCCAUCACUACCCAUGUGUGUCUGAUAAUAAACUGUAUCUUGGCAGACUUUCUCCAUGCUGGAGCCAUGGAAAUGACAGGAGAAUAUAAAAUUUAUUUUGUGUGUCAAGAUCAUCGAUCCCAUCUUGUUGCUGCUUCAAAUGGUGUGAAAAGCUCAACGGUCUCUCCAUUCUCUUCCCAAAACACCAAAUCGGCUCGCUCUUUGCUGUUGAUCCCCUCCCAAUCGAAGAGAUGGCAGAAGUGAUUCUGGUCCCCGUCGCAAAGCAAAUCCUCGGAAAGCUAGCUAACUUGGCUUGGGACCAGGUCGCACUAGUAUGGUCUCUCCGAAACGAGCUGGAGAAACUCAAGGGCACCGUCUCCACCAUCCAGGCCGUGCUCCGUGAUGCUGAGGAGAAGCAGGGCCACAAUCAUCAAAUCACAGUGUGGCUCGAGAAGCUCUCCGAUGUGAUCUCCGAUGAUUUCUCCACCGAUACUCGUCGGCAGAAGGCAGCAGGAGCAGACUCGACGGCGGCUUCUUGUUGCAGUGUGGUAUGUUUCGUAGUCUCUUUUCCGAAACGAUUCUUGUAUGAACAUGGGAUUACUCGCGCCAUCAGGGCGAGUCGAGAGAAGCUCGAUGAUAUGAAGAAUGACAGGGAGUUCCACUUGGACGAGCUUGCUGAGGAGCAAGCUCUCCCUUUGGAGACGGAUCCAUGUCUGCCGAAUAUUGUUGUCGGGAGAGAAGCUGACCGAGAAGAAAUCGUUCAACUUCUAGUGCACUCUGAUUGUGAAUCUAAUACUUCUGUGGUCACAAUUGUUGGGAUGGGUGGACUUGGAAAGACGACUCUUGCUCUGCUUGUGUUCGAGCAUGAGGCAGUUAAGGCGCGCUUCGAUUUGACUGUUUGGGUUUACGUCUCGCAGAGCUUUGAUGUCAAAGCCGUUCUUGUAAAAAUGUUGCAAUCCAUGACUGGUGAGAGCCAAGCAGGUCUUCAGUUGGCUGUUCUUCAGGAGAAGCUUUGGGACAACAUAAGAGACAAAAGGUUUCUUGCUGUAUUUGAUGAUGUCUGGGAUGAGAGUGCUAGAAGUUGGGAGGACUUGGCAAAAUACCUUAUGGUUGGUGCCGCGGGUAACAAGGUAUUGGUGACCACUCGAUCCAGCAAAGUGGCCGAGCUUGGUGGUGAAAUCUUGAAGUCAGAAAGGAGUAGCAAAGUUGUGAUGCCCUAUUUCUUGGAAGGCUUGUCGGAGGACGAGUCUUGGGAUUUGCUAGUGAGAAAGGCUCUUCAUGGAGAAGCUCAACAGUGCCUGGAUGUGGAAAGAACUGGAAGAGAAAUACUGAAGAAAUGUUGCGGAGUUCCUCUUGCUGUUAGUACGAUAGCUGGUGUGUUGAGUUCGAGAGAUCCGAAAUCUGAGUGGUCGUUGCUGCUACGUGAUGAGCUCUCAAGCAUCUCUGGAGAAGAAAAUCAUAUAAUGUCAACCCUUCGUUUAAGUUUCAAUCAUCUUCCUUCGAAGCUGAAGCAUUGCUUUUCUUAUUGCAAGCUGUUUGGAAAUGGUGAUGAUCUUGAUGUUCCAAGGAUGGUACAACUCUGGAUGGCACAAGGGUACGUCGAGUCGGACGAUGAAGGGUUGGGUUGUUUGAAGAAGCUAGUCUGUAGGUCAUUUUUCCAGGAAGUAAAGGUAGACGAGUUGGGGAAUUUAUGGACAUGCAAGAUGCACGACUUGAUGAACGAUUUAGCUAGUUCCAUUGCUGGGGAAAAGAUCGAAAUACUCGAAUGUCGAGUAUUCUACAAAGCAUUUCUUCAAGAACUCGUCAUGUGGUGUUGUUUGGAUUCUCUAAUUAUGAUGGAGACGACGAUGGUGAUUAUGGAUUGUUAGGGGAUGUGAGCAAGGUACGGACACUGAUGGGUUACAACAGUUAUUCAAAAAGAGAUCGUGGACGAGCCCUCCACAACUUCAAGCGUGUACGAGCUUUAAGAAUGUUGAUUAAAGAUUCGGAUAGUUG